GCCGCGAUUGUGAGUGACGCCUCGGUGUGUUUGCCGCAAGAUCAGUGUCUCAUCGAUGUGACGUCCUUUCGGGAAAACCGAAGCACUGCGGUUCUACAAUGACGAGACACUACCAGUAUCGAGCGAGGUAUCCAUAAACCUCUGUGGCAGGGCCUAUAACCAGUAAAACGGAGCGUCUAUGUGGAAUCUUCUAUGCGUGUAUGUGGAAUGUAGGUGGAGUUUACAUCCUUGAUUGGAGUUACGACUUGCGAAACAUUCGUUCCAUAUUGGAGGGCGACAAGGCAUGGCCGGCGCAACGUCGUACCAAAUCAUCCUGAUCACAGUUCUUUUGCUAAACCUGCUCUUCUGGUCGGCAGUCAUCCUGUGGCGAAUCUACAUCCUGAAACGCGCCAGAGGGCUUGCCCGGGAGCAACGGCGUGCCAUCCAAGGCGUCGCGAACCCUUCCAUGCUCAGGACAACGCCCAUGGUUCCACCCCGGGAGCAGCAAUUCGUGCUGGACACAACGCGCAAUGAUCUUCCACCGUCAUACGACGAGGCCAUCAAGUACCCGUCUAUCAGCAUCGACAUGUCGCCCACACAGCCAUCUCAGAACACUCAUCUUGAGGUCCUAAAUCCUCGAAUACUGGCACAGGAAGCAAUGCAGCCCACGACUAACAGCCUGUCAUCGUUUGUUGCAGCAACGACCACCACUACCGAGGACAAUCGCAGUGAAGACUGUUGCCGUCGUGCACAGGUUGGCGAAGGGGAGGCGCGAUUGGCUCGCAGUCAAAGCUGCAGAGCUGAUGUGUUACGAACAGUCAAGUGAUAAUACCAGCAAAGCGACAAAAGAAAAGAAAAAGCGCCACUAAAAGCGUAUGCAGUUUCUAUGAGUUCAUUCCUCCUCAAAGUCAGCUUUGCACAAAAAUCAAAUGUUAACAUAACUGGCUCGACGUAAUGACUAUAGCGGUAUGAUUACCAGAUGUUAGUAAUUUAUGGAGGCUGGACGUUACGGGUUUUAUCCUGAUAUACGCAGCAUGGGAGCAGUCUCGACGAUGACAAAGGAAUUCACUAAGUGAUAAAGUGACACCGUGGCAUGCUUUCCAAUAGUUUGUCCCUUUUUCUGUUAGUUUUUCUGCGUUGGGGUGGUGCAGCUAUAUCUAGCCUCAGAAUCACGGAAACCUUGCGAUGCCGAAAUCAUCAGACAAGACAACGAAGUACUACUGAUAAACCGAUGAACGCCAUUUUCCGCAAAGUCGAUGAGACGCAAACUUUCACUCCACACCACGUGCUCCCAGACUAGUCCUACUGAUAUGGAAUAUAGGACCACAAGGUUUGCAGUCGCCAGUUGUCCCACAUAAUUAUCUUCUUUUUCGUUUCCUUUAAAGCCUAGUGCACGUGAUUGUUACUUAUGGCAUUCCACAGUUGUUGUCCCCCCCCCCUAUAAUGAUGAUGCAAAAAGCAAAAAAAGAAAAAGAAGGAAAGACAACGAACACAAUUUUUCCAAAACGUCGCCGCAGCAGCGGAAUACCUUAAUAGCAGAUCCCGUUAAUCGACCCCUAUUACAAGUAUGUUGUAGAAACGUGGGAGGCACACCGGGGCAGUAUACAUAUGGUUCUCGAUAAAUCCACGCGUUACUGUGUUCAAACCUACGCAUAGAAGGAGACCCGAAAAUAAAUGCCUAGUCAUAAUUAGGAAUAUUACACUGUGUGGUUCGAUGAUACGCUCUGUACCAAGCGUGAGCACGUGCGAGCAGGUGCAGAAUGACGUUUGCCAAAUGUGCUGCUGCGCAACUGUGGGUAAGCAUCAGCAAGUUUUACGUAAAAGUUUUACGCAAAGUUUACGUAGUAAAGUUUUAGCACACAUAGUGUUAAAACUGCGGAGGCAUAGUGCUGUCCGGUAGUUGGAGGAUGCACUAUAUGAUCAACCAGUGCAGCGAUAAGGUUGCGCUGAUAAGGAUACCUGAAAGCCGCUAAUGUGGGGCACUUGAACUUUGAGAGCGUUGUACUGAUUACGAGGUAUCAUUCUGGCCCUUUAAUUGGGUGCGCCGUGUGAGCGCUAACAAGAACGCCUGCGAAUACAAGACCACCCUCGUACGUCGCACUGCUAACGGAUGCGAAGGCCUCUUGAGUAACGGCCAGCUGUAAUGUCCCACCCACGUGAACGUCACAGCAUCGAAAGUUGUUAAAAAUUGGGCUGUUCGGUAUUUCAUACUUGCGAUAAAAAAAAAAAAACCCGUGCCUUGAAACAAAUAAAAGGACGACACAACAUACAGCACAGACAAAUCGUCUGUGCUGUGUGUUGUGUCGUCCUUUUGUUUCCCGGCACGGAGUUUUUUCGUCGCUUUUAAAGUAUGUCACAGCAUCGGCGUCAUCGUUGGCAGUCGACACAAAUGUAGCGUAGCAACUUGCACAAGCUACGUUUGUAGAAGGUUAUGCAUCAGCUAUGUAACCUAGGUGACUCGACAGAAGAGAACAAGCACAGAACAGAGCCAGUUUCAUGUCUCAAUUUGCCAAUCAUGUUGCUUUUUGCGUAAUCGUUUAAUUUUUAAGUCAGUGACAACUUAAGUCCUACAAUUGGGACCGCCCACACAUCCGUGGAAGGCUCCUGCGGUUGGCUACCAGCCCUUCCACGACGGCCCCGCUUCGCGAUGUAGUGCCAGUUCUCUCUCUCCCCUAGUCCACACUUGGCCGCGCCGCACUACAUUCGCGCGCGGGCGGGGACAAGUGUAUGACUUAUGUUGUCACUGACUAUAGUCUCCAGUCAUCAUCAUCACCUUGAUCACCUAGGUGACCCUAGCGAUUAUAGAGCCAUAUCUUCCUUUCUUUAUUUUGGACGUCCGUGAGCACUGACCUUCGAUAAGUGGUAACGCUGGUAAAUCGGCGCAUACUGUGUUCAACAGGAACUUACGUAUAGGAAGUUACCAAAAAAAAAAAAAAAUCUCCAGUGCCUCUGAAUGCCUAGUCAGACUUUGAAAUAGUAUGUGUGAUUCAAUGGUACACCCUGUACACAGCCGUAAGCGGGAGUGCGUGCGAGCAGAAGCCGAACGACGUGUGCCAAAUGUACUGCUGUGGGGUAGAGCACAACUGCAUUGCGGAUAAUGUUGUUUCGUGACCUAAAUACACAGGGCAUCAUAUUCAUACGAUAUGUAACUAUAACAAGUGACAACUGCGUUCCUGUUCAAUAAAACCUCUCUCAACAUUUUUUUUACUGUC